CCGCUGGUCCAGGCGCGGGCCAUUGACUUAAAUCCGCCGGUGCGCCUGGUCCCGGCCGACGAACCGAGCCUGCGAGACAUCACCCGGCGCGGACACCAUGCGGCGCCUCCUCCCGGGUCUGCUCCUGCUGCCGCCGCUGCUGCUGCUGCCGUGCCCCGCAGCCCCCACGGUCCCCGCUCCCCCGGCCCGCCCCGGCUUCCAGAGGUUGGGGACCCAUGGCCCGGGGGGCAGCCCCGGGCGCCGCCUCGCUCCAGGCGUCCCCCCACGCGCGCCCUAUUCGGGGGCCGGGCAGCCCGGAGGGGCCGGUGCUGCAGGUUUUUGCAAGAGCCGACCACUGGACUUGGUGUUUAUCAUCGAUAGUUCUCGUAGUGUACGGCCCUUGGAGUUCACCAAAGUGAAAACCUUUGUCUCCCGGAUAAUCGACAACCUGGACAUCGGGGCAGCGGACACGCGGGUGGCAGUGGUGAACUACGCCAGCACCGUGAACAUCGAGUUCCAUCUCCAGACCCACUUGGACAAGAAAUCCCUGAAACAGGCCGUGGGGCGAAUCGCGCCCUUGUCCACGGGCACCAUGUCGGGCCUGGCCAUCCAAACGGCCAUGGAGAAAGCCUUCACAGUGGAGGCAGGAGCCCGGGGACCCAGCUCCAACAUCCCAAAGGUAGCCAUCAUCGUGACCGAUGGGCGGCCCCAGGACCAGGUGACCGAGGUGGCGGCUCGGGCGCGGGCGUCCGGCAUUGAGCUCUAUGCGGUGGGUGUGGACCGGGCGGACAGGGAAUCGCUCAGGAUGAUUGCCAGCGAACCCCUGGACGAGCACGUGUUCUACGUGGAGACCUACGGGGUCAUCGAGAAACUUUCCUCUAGGUUCCAGGAAACCUUUUGCGCAGUGGACCCGUGCAUGCUUGGCACACACGGGUGCCAGCACGUGUGUGUCAGUGAUGGGGACGGCAAGCACCACUGUGAGUGCAGCCAAGGGUACGCCUUGAAUGCCGAUAAGAAGACCUGUUCAGCCAUCGAUAAGUGUGCUCUGAACACUCAUGGAUGUGAGCACAUCUGUGUGAACGACAGAGCUGGCUCUUACCACUGUGAGUGCCACGAAGGUUACACUUUGAAGGAAGACAGGAAAGCGUGUGCAGCUCAAGAUCAAUGUGCUCUAGGGACACAUGGCUGUCAGCACAUUUGUGUGAACGACGGAGCUGGGUCCCAUCACUGUGAAUGCUACGAGGGCUACACCCUGAGUCAAGAUAACAAAACCUGCUCAGUUCUUGACAAGUGUGCUCUGGGCUCUCACGGUUGCCAGCACAUUUGUGUGAGUGAUGGGGCCGCGUCCUACCACUGCGACUGUCAUACUGGCUUCACCCUGAAUGAAGACAAGAAGACGUGUUCAGCCGUUCAAGAAGCAGCAAGACUCACCUCCAUAAGAGACGCUUGUGGGUGCGAAGCCACACUGACAUUCCAGAACAAGGUCAUCUCGUAUCUGCAGAGACUGAACACCAAGAUUGAUGACAUUUUGGAGAAGUUGCAAGCAAAUGAAUAUGGACAAAUACAUCAUUAAGCUGCUCAAAAUUUUCACCCUGGCCAGUGUGGCUCAGUUGGUUGACCAUCAUCCAAUCCAUCAAAAGGUCACCGGUUCGAUUCCAGUCAGGGUACAUGCCCAGGUUUUAGAAUCCCCACUAGGGGGUAUAAGGCAGCCGAUCGAUCAUCAAUAUAAAUGAUCUCUAAAACUGCUCAAAAGUUUCACCUGGAAAUAUAAAGAACUUACUGUAUUUAAUACUUCUGUAUGUUCCAAUGGUGCUAAUUAUCUGCCAUUAAAAUGCUUGAAUUAGUGGAGACAUAGUUUGAGAAUCUUCUGGAGAAUCAGUAUUAUUUUUCUAAGGGAAUAAAUGUCCAGAUCCUUAAUUUAAUGCAAACUUUAGUGUCUUUAAGUUAUGACUAUGAAAUGGUUGGUAGGAAAUAGAAUGAAAAGUUUAAUAUUUCUUUCUUUACUAAUUGAGCCAUUUCAUUUUUUUUUUCAGUUCCUAAGUUCUCAUUCUAUUCUCAAACACAAGUAUGUUAUUUCUAUAAUUAUAUUCAUAUUAUA